AUGGAUACUUCGUCCCUUUUGUCGACACGCCGGACUCGAGUACUCGUGGGCCACAAACACGACAGCGUAAAGCCAGGUGGUACUACAGUGCUGACAUCGUUGAACCAGCUGGGCGACCGUCUGCCGUCCUUGACUUGGAAUUUCUAUGCAGCAGUCACGCCAGUCAACUGGAAGUGA